CUAGGUCAGAGAGAGGGAAGGAGACGCUGAGAGAGAGGAGGAGACGCUGAGAGAGAGGGAAGGAGACGCUGAGAGAGGGAGAAGGAGACGUUGUGUCAGAGCAGGCCACCAUGAAUAUGCAUUUGCGAUUGGUUGCUGCGAAUGGAGUUUCGGGUGUUCGUCGGUUCAGCGUUUUUAAUGAAUUCUCCAAAAAAGUUAAAGGAGAAGCUAAAAGUAAUCAGGAAUUCCAACAAUCAAUCAAGGAGUUCAAGGAGAAAGCAGAAGAACUGAAAGAAGUUAAAGAAGAUUUGAAAGUUAGAACGAAGCAGAAAACUGAGCAGCUGUACAAGCAAGUGGAUGGUGUCUGGACAGAAGCUGAAGCUGCGGCGAAGAAGGUUUCGGCUAACAUGACAGAGAAGAUAGCAGCUGCUACAGAACAGGUCAAAGAGACAUUUGGACUCGGAAAGCAAGAUUCUGCAGGAUCUACCAGUGCUUCAACUAACUCCAGUGCCAAUGUAAAAGAUGGAAGCCACCCCACAUCAGGAGCCGAAAGUUCUCAGAGUUCUGAGUCUAGAGAAACAUCUGGGGCUUCUGAUACGUUAUUUGGCAGGUUUCGAUCUGGUUUUUCUUCCACCUCUCCAAAAGUUUCCUCGGCCUUCCAGAAAUUGAAGGAAGCAAAAGUCAUAGACAUAGCAAAGAAGGGAUAUGAUAUAGUAAAGGACGAGAUAAGCAGCAACCCAAGUAAGAGAAGGCAGAUGAAAUAUGCGGCUGCUUCUUCUCCAAAAGAAGGUACAAGUACGAAAACUGAUAUGGUAGUUGUACCGACAAAGCAGUCGCGCUGGGGUAAGAAAUGGGAAGCAUUCAAAGAGAAGAUGCAAGGCCAUCCUGUUUUUAAGCGUCUAAGUGGGUUCAGCGAACCAGUUGUAACAAAGGGCCAGGAGUUAGCAGAGGACAUGCGGGAGCGGUGGGAAACAAGUGAUCAUCCUGUUGUUCACAAAAUCCAAGAUUUGAAUGAAACCGUUUUUGGAGAAACAGCUGCUGCUCUAUCGUUUAAGGAAAUACGUCGUCGGGACCCGUCCUUCUCUUUACCGGAGUUCGUAGCUGAAGUUCAGGAAACAAUUCGGCCCACCCUUAAUGCUUACCUCAAGGGUGAUGUAGAAAAAUUAAAAAAGAAUUGUAGUCCUGAAGUGAUUGAGCGGUGCAGAGCAGAGCAUAGAGCUUAUGAAAGCCAGGGUAUCUUCUUUGAUAAUAAGAUUCUACAUAUAUCAGAUGUGGAGGUCAGAGAAACCAAGCUGAUGGGAACCUCUCCGAUAAUCAUCAUAGCUUUCCAAACUCAGCAGGUCUAUUGCGUGCGAGAUAGACAUGGUUCAAUAACCGAAGGGGGAAAGGAUACAAUCCACACGGUUUAUUAUGCGUGGGCCAUGCAGCAAGUUGAUGCAGAAGAGCUUGGGGAGGGUGCGAUCUACCCAAUAUGGAGGCUAAGAGAAAUGCAGCAACUUGGCAUUCAGGCCCUCAUUUAGUAAGCAGAAAAAGCACGUGGCUUGUUGUGGUUGUUGUCGUCAUCAUUGUUUCCGGAAAGAAUAUGUGAGGGAUGGAAUGUCUCUCUGGGUCAUGUUUUUUUACUUCCAGAGAAAAAAUCGCCGGAAUCUUCCAAUUUUGUUUUGAAAGAAUAAUGGAUAAUUAUAUCUUUCAUAUUUUUAAAAAAAGAAUAAUGGAUAAUUAUGCAGUGUGUUUUGAGGAAAUUUAUGUGAACAUAGAGAACCCAUCUCUUGGGUCUUUUAUGGUUUUAA